UUGUCGUGAUCCGCCUCUCCACGCGCGUGCGCUCUUCCUGCAUCAAGACCAACUUGAGUAAGACCCUCCGCCGCACACAGAGCUGAGACGAGCCGGCGGGAGACGCUUCACAUACGUUGAGUUUGUGAGUCCACUUGAGGUUCACACCUUCACGGUUGGGGUGGGGAGGUCUCGACAAGUAAAACCCCAUAACGGCAGUCGGGACCUUCGACUAGCAGCCUUAUCGGACCCCGGAAGGCACCUGCUGCCAACAUGGAAGCCGUAGAAGCAGACACCGAGUUUGACCUGCCCUCUAAGGCCCCAGCUCUCUGCAUAGAUGGAGGCCAACACCAGGACCACACUGCCAUUUUCUCCCCAGAGCAGGCACCCUCCAUGGGACUCCACCAGCAGCCGUUACUGCCAGAGCCAAUGGCACAAACCAAGCCCUGCUCGCCCCACCUCAGCCCAAAGAAAGGGAACAAUGACAGCGAUGCUACAGAGUCGGCAGACAGCGAAAACGACAUGGACUCGCCCUUUCACAGGAGGGGGUCGUCAUCUUCGUCCUCUCACAGUGGAGAGGAUGGCGACAGUGAGACAGGGGAGAGGAGGCGGUUCAUGAAGGCUUAUGUGGAGAAGGUGUUUAAUGGACGGGAGGACUUUGACCAGGAAGAGAAGGCUCGUUUUGGAGAGCUAUGCAGUGGGGAAAACGCUAAAGGCAGGGAGUGGUUUGCAAAAUACGUCAGCGCACAGCGCUGCCACUCCAAAUGUGUGAGUGAAGCCACCUUCUACAGACUGGUGCAGUCUUUUGCAGUGGUUCUGUUUGAAUGUUACCAGAUGGACGACUACAGCCCGGCCAAGAACCUCAUGACUAUGUGCUUCACAUACUACUACAGUGGGAAGUCCCGGCCCUCUCCCUCUGAGUUACUGGAUGGCGGUGGUCCUCCAGCUGGUCUGGACACGUACAUCUACAAAGCUAACUCGUGGCUGUCCAUGAAGAAGGAUGCCGCUGAGCGCCUCCUGAAAACCUCAUCCAAGACUGAUGCCAAAGGAUUCUUUGCAGGCAAGCUGAGAGGCUCGAUGGCUCCCCAAACAGAGGAAGAGGAAAUCCCAUUUGAGACAAAGCCCAAAUCGUCAGUGUCUGAGGCUUCGAUGGAAAAGAAAGGAGAGAAGGUAUACCUAUACACUCACCUGAAGCAGCAACCCAUCUGGCACACACUGAGGUUUUGGAAUGCUUCAUUUUUCGAUGCUGUCCAUUGUGAGAGGAAGAAGAGAUCACCAACCACAAGGGGAACGCAGGAUGGAGAGAAAGACGAGAGGGAGAAGUGGUGUCACAUGACCCAGGAGGAGAGGGACGACAGCUCCAAAAUGGAUGAGAACAUUGCCUUCGGCCAGCUGGGGACAUUCACUCACAACAUGCUGGCGUUUGGGCUCAGUAAGAAGCUCUGCAAUGACUUCCUGAAAAAGCAGGCAACCAUUGGGAACCUGAAGGAAGAACAGUACAAGCUUCUGAGUGACCACAUAGAGAAAAUGGCGACAGAGUGAGUUUGAUACCUUUUAAAGUCAUAACAUAGACUGACAUCAGCUAUUCCUUUGCAAUUGAUGUCGAUGUGACUGACCAUCUGCUUGACUGUAUUUGUGUGGUGCACUGCUGAGAAACAAAACCCAACCAACUGUACUGUUCCAUACAUGUAGCAAACCCUGUUCAACUAACAUGGUGCUCCUCUGCACCCUGUCCUGUAUCAGCACUAAAAAUAAAUCAGCUGGUAUCUGACGAGAGGCAUCUUUGUAUGGUGUCACAAGAUCUCCACAUGGUGUGAAUAGGAUCUACCCGUGAUGCUUUUUUUCUCAGCAAUCCCUAGGCAGCCACAUUUAUUCCAUAUUGGUGAAACCAGUCUACAGCAUCUGGUGAAAGAUUCAAACUAUGGAACAUGCAUGUCUGCAGAUAGUUCAAAACAGACUAUGAUAACUCGUGGGCUUUAUGUGCUAUUUGGGUGAUAUCCAGUCGCUACUCAGUCACUGACGUUAAUGACUGAAUACUUGUACUGAACACUGUAGUAUCCUUUUGGGCAAUACAAAGGAAAAACUACAGACAUGUGUAACAUACAACAUUAUCUCUGGCAUUUAACAUUCAGAAACGGUAUCCAUCCUCUUAAUGAAGAAUUGGUUUGACAGGAAUUCUCUUAUGUUAUAAAAAGAUUAUACCACUGGUGUCUGUGUGCUAACGAGGAAGCUGCAGUGAGGAGAUGGUUUAUUGGCUUAGCAUAAAGCCUUCAAACAGGGAAACCGCUUUACUGGCUCUACCCAAAGGUCUCAAAAGUUUGAAUUAGUGAGCUGCAGAGGUCCUAGGGGCCCUCAGAUCCAGAGUCACUAAAUAGAAAGAAUACCAAAACAAAAAAAUAAGAAAUGGUGAUAAGAAAUGAUUAAGAAACAUCCAGUAACAAAGAAAAGAGACUUAAUCUUUGUUAAGGUGUUUGUGUAAGACUAAACAACCAUAUAGUGUGUCGCUCCAGUGAGCCCAUUGUCUCAUCAUCCGGCCAUGCUUGUAGGUGGGCGUUUUACCGCUGCAGACCCCUGCUUCCAGUCUGCAUUUUUCUCAUUCUCUCAAAAAGAACAAAAAGUGAAGUCUUCUUUCAAUCCCAUUCAAAAUGUAGCGCUAUUUCUUCUAAGUUUCUCGAUCAGACAUUUUAAUAACCUCUGGAACAUCAUUGAAUAUUUAUCUAGCCCAAGUGCCUGCUGAACUGAACAUUAAUGCAGAGUCUGAUCAUUCGCUCAUGUUCCCUGCUCAAUAAAGCCAACAUUAGCCUUGGCAAGUGAAUGCAGUUAGUGCUUCUGUGUUUCAGACACCUUUUUAAUAACGGUAGUAUUUUCCUCCUUUAGUUGCGCUUUAAUAACAGAUGCAUAGCUGAGAGUGUUGCCCAGACAACAGACCAUCCCAACGUACACAUUAGUUCCUGUUCCUAGCAUCAGCAGAGUGCAUCAAGCUGUGAAAUGAGUGAUCUCCUCAUUGUGUUACUUCACCCUGCCACUUGGGGGAGCCUUGUGUUCUCCAUUCAAAGGGCUGAGAGAUUCCUGAACUCAAACUGUCCUGUUAAGCUUUAAUCUAGCAAUUUGAUUAAUGUGGUUUUUUUAAAUGGGGACUUCUACACACAAAUGCUGGGACGUGCACUUUCUGGCAGGUGGAAUCUAAUUUCAGAUCCAUAAUGUAUUUUAAUGUGUUGUCUUUUCAUUUUGAAAAUACUGUACAUAUUCCUCUGUGUUGGAAGAAUUGAUUAUGUGCUGCUGCUUGUGAAUUGUACUUUGUAAAUGUAUAAACGUCUGAUGUAAUUGGGAUGGUCAUAUCCGUGAGGAACAUAAAGGUCUCGCUAUACGUUCUAUCGGGUGUGCCUUUGUGGUAACCUUUUAUAUUUGUUCUGCAUGGCUGGUGCAUCUUCUGUCUCCAGAACCUCUGUUAGAUGUUCUCCAUAUCCUGGAUGAAAAGACCGUGUCAUUAAUAAAGAAGUACACUGAGUCUCAAAUCUGUGUCCCGAGCUGCUGGUUAGUUUUGGGGUUCCAUGCACAGACAAAACUUUUUAUUCUUCAUCAUUAAAUUGUCACUCAGUGUCAUGACUCCCUUGUUCUUUGGCAAAAAAUACUUACAAACCAAAUUAACCAAAAAGACUAGCUACCGAUGGUUAAAUGUGGGUGUGUCUUAAGGAGUGGCUCACUCCCACUUCUCUAUUGGUUUAAUUGUCACUAGUCUUCACUUGUUAAAUAUAAACUUGAAACCGCUCAGGGUAAAAAUUAGUUUUGGAGUUACUAGUGAUCAUUUAAGCGAUUAUUUAAAUUGCUGAAUACAUUUUUCUUUUUGUGAAAUUUCUUGGAUCUGUGUUAAAGCCUUUAGAAAGGUUUUUCUGAAAUUAUGGAAGAGAAUGUAUGAAAUCAUUAAAUAUCAAAUGUGUGUGUAAUACUGCUAUAAUAUUGAUAUCUGAAGCAAUGUGACUAUGCUGACCUUUUGGAAGAUGUUUUUGCAGCAGCAAAGACCAAAGAAAAGCCUUUAAAUAAACUGCCUACCUAUG